AGCGCACUACGCGAGAGCAAGAUGGCCGACACGGCGGCCGGGCCUGGUGGCUCCGGAACGAGAUCAGGAAGUAAACAGUCCACUAAUCCUGCUGAUAACUACCAUCUGGCCAGGAGGAGGACUCUGCAAGUGGUUGUGAGCUCCUUGCUGACAGAGGCAGGGUUUGAAAGUGCUGAGAAAGCAUCUGUGGAGACACUGACAGAGAUGCUGCAGAGCUACAUCUCAGAAAUCGGGAGAAGUGCCAAGUCUUACUGCGAGCACACAGCCAGGACCCAGCCCACACUGUCAGAUAUCGUGGUCACACUGGUUGAAAUGGGGUUCAAUGUGGACACUCUUCCAGCUUAUGCAAAACGGUCUCAGAGGAUGGUCAUCACUGCACCUCCGGUGACCAAUCAGCCAGUGGCACCCAAGGCCCUCACUGCAGGGCAGAACAGACCCCACCCACCACACAUCCCCAGCCACUUUCCCGAGUUUCCGGAUCCCCACACCUACAUCAAAACGCCGACAUACCGGGAGCCGGUGUCCGACUACCAGGUCCUGCGGGAGAAGGCUGCAUCUCAGAGGCGAGACGUGGAGCGAGCGCUCACCCGCUUCAUGGCCAAGACGGGCGAGACCCAGAGUCUUUUCAAGGAUGACGUCAGCACUUUCCCCUUGAUUGCUGCCAGACCCUUCACCAUCCCCUACCUCACAGCCCUGCUUCCCUCGGAGCUGGAGAUCCAGCAGAUGGAGGAGACAGACUCCUCAGAGCAGGACGAGCAGACAGACACAGAGAACCUCGCUCUUCAUAUCAGCACGGAGGAUUCCGGAGCUGAGAAGGAGAACGCGUCUGUCCUGCAGCAGAACUCCUCCUUGUCUGGCAGCCGGAACGGAGAGGAGAGCGUCAUCGAUAACCCCUAUCUGCGGCCUGUGAAGAAGCCCAAGAUCCGCAGGAAGAAGUCCCUCUCGUGAGCUGAGACGGAGACUGCCCUGUAAGGGGGAGGACACAGCUUUCCUGGGGGCGUGAGAUCAGAGAGAAGAGGACGGUGAGGUCUUUUUGGCCUUGCCCAGGCUGGAUCAUUUUAGUAGCAGCCUUCUAUGAAGAUAACCUGUUUUGCAAAUAGGCCAGGUUACUUCCUUGAUUAAUCACAGGACUUGAUUCCUUUGAAACCUGGAGGGCCAGGGAAGGUGGUAGGAAGAAGAGGGUCCGCUGCCCUGUGCCCUGCCGGGAAGACUGCCAAGUGUAUCUUCCAUGCCACCCGGAUCCCCUCAUUGACCUAAAAGAAUCAUGGUAUUGAUUUACCAGCCCAGAACCUCAUUCUCACUUCUCUCUGCACCUGGGCCCCAAGAUCCCUGCUGAGCUGAUGGAGAGUGACGUUGUAUCCCUCAUCAUGUUAGGGACAGGCCCGCCCUGCAACUCUGAUCUGGGGCUGGCAGGAGCUGGGAGUGCGUGUGUUAAUAAAGAUGACAACAGCCAUCAGAGCAGCCUUGAAUCUCUGACCAGCAUUUCAUUAGAGCUGACAGCAGAGGGGAUCAUUCCCCUUGGGACGGGUGCCUCGGAACAGCCUUCUGGGAAGGAUGGUCUGACCAGAGCCUGGAGUAUAACUAGUUCUCCCAGGACUUGAUAGAGGAGCCCUGGAUUUUAAGCACCAGGAAGAGGGCUCAGUAGGUGGGGGUGGGACUUGUUUUGAGGGCUGGGUGGAGCUGAGAAACAUAACUGAUGGUGGAAAGCCACAUUCCCACUCGCUGGAGGGAGUCCGCUGAGAUGGU